CAAGAACUUGAAGUUGAAGAAGCCACCAAACUUAAAGCCUAAGGAAGGAAGGCCUUGGUGCGUCAACUGCUUGAGCUUUGGUUCCUCUUCCGAGAAUUCAGCACCAUGGCGGCCUCUGCGAGGUGUCUGCAACGGCUCCCUCUUCACUCACUCUCCCCCCUUCAUUCACCUGACGGACGCCAAGCAAGCGCCCUCAGUCCUGGCCUGACGCCCUGUCAGCAUUGUCAGGGGAGGCUGCUUCCCGACCAUGGCAACUUUCUAGGAAUUCCCAAGAGUUUGGCUCUACUAGUUCACGGGCUUCUGGGGCUGAAUGCAAGGGAGCGUGUGCGACCUUGCAGAGCAGCCAGAAUUGAGGCGGUCACCAAGCGCAAUCCCAAGAGGUUGAAGUAUGCUGGGUCGGGUGGGGGAGAGAAGUUGGAAGACUGUGUCUAUGUGGAGGUCAGUCAGGACGCAUCUGAUGGCUGGAAGCUGGACCAGAUUGCAGACGCCAUCAAAGGAGGAGGGGUGGGGGUUAUACCAACAGACACGAUGUAUGCUUUCGUGUGUGACCUAGAGAACAAGGCAGCGGUGGAUAGACUUUACAGGAUAAAAGACCUGGACCCAAAGAAGCCCCUGAGUAUUUUGUGUCGCAACUUUGCCGACAUCGACACAUACACGCUGGGCUUUCCCAAAGGCAGCGGCCAGGGUUCCUUCAACGUCUUCAAAGUCGUCAAGCAGUACCUGCCUGGCCCGUACACCUUCAUCCUCAAGGCCAGCAAGGCCCUCCCGAAGCAGUGCGCCAACUUCGGCGGCAGCCUGGCGGCCUCUUGCGCCCCCCGCAAAAGCGUCGGGGUCCGUAUGCCAGCGGACCCCAUCUGCGCCGCCCUUCUCGAGCGGCUGGAUCGGCCUCUUCUCUGUACGAGCGUGCGCACUAAGAGCGAGGAGGAGUGGAUGCUGGACCCCGUGUACAUAGCCGACGAGUACAAACUGACCAAAAAUGGCGAAAAGGGUGUGGAUUUUGUGGUGGACGGCGGGCAGCGCAUGGCCACCCCUUCGACUGUCGUGGACAUGACGGGGGCUACACCGUUGCUGCUGCGCCAGGGGAAGGGAGAGGUUGACGAGUUUCUGGUGGACUUUGAUGCGUCCGCUGAGAUCACGAGGACUCCUCGAGGAGCCCCAAUUGUGAACCCCUAUGCCACGGUCGCUGAUAAUAUAUAGAGUGAUAAGCUCCAGUUGAAAUUGAGCAACGCGACAUUGACCAGGAGACACCUGAUAUGCCCGACUUCCAUAGUGGAUAGAGUUUACAUUUGGCCGAUUUAAAUGGUGCAGGUGAGUUUUCCCUGGGUUUUUGUGGUGGUUCGCUCAAUCGCACAAAGAUGUUGGACCUUCCAGUCUCGAGUUUAGCUUGUAUAGCGGCUUGAAUGACAUGUUUUCUGCAGCAAUAUUGAACGUGACAUUGGAGUAUAGCGUAAAACUGCAGUCGAUAGAUAAAUACAUUUGAAUCAACAUUGUUUUCCUUGAAGACCGCUGCGAGCUCCGGUUUCACGAAUCUCCACUGCAGAGUUAAGUUCAAUCAUGGUCAGCCAGCCGCC